UGCAUAAUUUGUGUGAUUUGUGUUGUUCGCAUACUAGAUUAAUGAGGAGAUUUGUGUUUUUCAAUCAUAAACUUUGUAUUGAGUAUGGUUGUUAAGAUUACGUGCUUAUGCGGACGGCCGGACGCCGUCAACAAGUGAAAAGAAAGAAAAGAUGAGGUGCCGAUUGCCGUGUUUUGUGCCUCUGUUGCCUGUUUGGGAAGUUUUGUGUCACAAUUUGACGUUUUUAUUUAUGUCCAAAAGUUUUAGCAAGAAACGGUGCCAGAAAAAGAAAAGAGAGGAUUGGAAAACUUAUCUUUUGAGAGUGCUAAAAGGAGUCGCUAAAGAAAAUAUAUGUGACAUUCAUCGGAAUUUGAUGUGCACACCGGCCCUUGGAGGAAUCUCGAUGGGGUGUACAAAAAGGGUGGUGCAGGACAGGAUGCCGCAAGCGUUGGACACGACUUCCAUAUGUUGCUGGAUCGCAAACCUGCUUUUAGCGCUAUUUACUAUUCUCGUCAGAUAAGUCGCUGUUAAAAUGGAACUUAUUAUUUCUUUGUUGUCACCUUUCUUCUCUCUCUUUCAGCCUCGGAUCGAGUUGAGACUUCAAUCGACACUUUGCCGGUGAAACAACUCCAGACUCACUUGAUGGACGUCUUCACUCCUCGGAGGGAAUUACAAGCGAAACCUUGCUCGUCCAAGCAAAGACACUCGCAGCGUCUUCGAUUUUAUCCAGCAGAUUCCAUCCAGCUCGGAAAUGGCUUUGGUGGGCUCUAAAGGGGUGAACCGCUCGGCCUUGGUGCUUCUUGACCUCGGAGGCUGGCUAGUCUCUCACCAACUCUUCUUUACUUUGCUAAGCCAGAACAACCUGUCAGUGUCCUUUCUCGGAUUGUGUUCCCUACACAGCGCCCGCCGUACGAGUAGCCACAGAGUCGUUGUUAAAAGGGCGGGAGCGAAAACCCUCAACCCCAACUGUUGGAUGCUGGGUUGCCUGGCUUGGCACCCUGGUUUACCUGAACUGGCGUCGGCUCUCACCCAUGGAAUCCUUGUUGGAGGAGGCCAAAGAGGAAUAUUGACACUUCACACAGUCGGUGGAGCUGCAGAAGACUGAGGUCUUGGCAAGACUGCAAAAAUCAAAGGGAACGUUUUGAAGACAGCCCCCUAUCAGGAAAGCAAACCCCAUCAUCAUCAGCAAGCCGGACAUCAUGGAUUCACCCUGCUCAAGACCAGCCAAGUCAAUAUACGAUGUCAACUAUCUGAUCAUUGCCAGUGGAGAGAUCCCUUCAUUGAAGGUUCUAGUCCAAGGACAUGGAGAUGUCCAAAAAGAGGGCUCCAAGAAAACUACGCUACCUCCAGUUCCAGACAUUCUGAGUUCCACCAAACCACCCAAAAUUAGCGUGCCCAGGAGCGCCAGCGCAGAUCUGAAGAGGCUCUCAGAGCUAAUGCGUGACACAAUGAAGAGAAUCAUGGCCAAAGCUGGGCAAAUUUCUUUUAAGGGACAAACGACUAAACGUGAUCACAGAGCCAGGCCUCUCAGUCUCACAGAGAACCACCCACCAAAAAUACAAAAAUUGAGCAAACUUGACAUCAUGCCCAAGGGGAAUGUAAAUUUCGUUAUGGAUCCUGAAGCUGGCUCAAAAGUGCUUGAGUCAAAUGAUAUCACAAAGCACCCUGGCUUUACGAAUCCAAAUGUGAUUUGUUAUGUCAUCUCAUCGAUUCAGCUGCUGAACUCCUCAAACCUCUUUCAGAGUCUUUUUGCUCAAAUGGUGUUUCCCAAAGGAGCACAUAUUUCUGAAGAAAUCCAAUCCCUCUGUAAGAUUGCGAAACAAGUGGCGGGCAAAGAAAAAAUAAAGCAAUUUGAACUUGACAAGGGCAUAAAGGAUCUAGCCAAGCUAACUCUGGAAUUUGGUAUGGGUGCGGGCCAGCAAGACCCUAUUGAAUAUUUGACUUUCCUUUUGCCCAACUUGACCAGACAACUCAACCAAACUGGUUGUUUUGAGGAUGCAGCAAGUCCUUUCCUGAUGUCGACAACUUCCCUGUGUCAUAAAUGUAAAAAACAAUUCGGAAAACCGCAACCCUCCCUGUUCCACUUCAUCACACCGCAGUGUAACAAGACAGUCCAAGAAUUGAUCGACCUUAGCCUGAGUGAAGACAGGUUGUGUUGUAGUGAGGAGAGAACCGUGCAUACCGAGUUUUUGAUGCUGCCGAUAAGCCUGAUGGUUCAGAUCGGUAGAACCCAGUUUGGCAAUACAUUGAGAGACAAGAAGCCUAUCGAAAUCUCUCCUGAAAUCGUUUUGAAUCGACGUGAAACGAGAAUGAAAGAUCCCGACUCUGACCAGUCCACACACGAUGGCAUAUCCUCAAAGACGCAGAACACCAACAGCAAGCAAUUGUACAGACUGAAGGGACUAGUUCUGCAUGAAGGGCUGCUCUCAACAUCCGGGCAUUACCUCUCGUUCGUCUUCAGUAAUUUUGAAGAAAAAUGGAUCAACUGUGACGAUCAUAGGGUACGUACUAUGCCAAACUUCUUCGAGAGGGAGCUGCAAGACGUAGCUACGAAGACAAACGCCUACCUGCUUCACUAUGAAGCUGUCGUUACGAGCGAUUAGAAAUCUGUUGUGUUGCUCUGGGAUCCGAUAAGAAUAAGCCCAUUUCAAUUGUGCAGACCAGCGUCCAGCCUCCUGCCGUCAAGGCUGCUGAGAUUGCCAUCCUACAUGUCCCACAUUUAACUUGGCCGUACUUUGUGCUUAACUAACUAUUCUAACUAAUUACUUAAAGGAUCCCUGGCCAAAUUAGCUUCGUAUGAAUCGCGUUUGUUCCAUGUUUCGCUUACCCUGUAUCUAGGGAUUUCCUUGUUUUAUUCACUCAUUAUCAAUUGCUCAAUUUGAAAAGCAAUAUUUUGAAUUUGAUUUCCUAUAAAAGACUGAAUUUUGGAAUUUAAAUAUUGAGGCACAAAUGAUAUAUUUUGCACAACCCUGAAAAAGAAUAUCUAAAUUAUUUUCAUUUCAAAAUUUUAUCAGAGUC